AUGUCACCAGUUACUACCCGGAGUGCUAAUUGCUCUCAAUGCACCCCCUGUCCUCCAACCCAACAGCUAGGUUCUAAGGAACCAAGACCUUUCUCACAACCUAUCGUUGAAAGUGAAGUCUUGCAGCUAUUGGGCCCCGAGCCUAAUAAGGUGUUGAUUGAGCUCUUACGCAACCAAGUCAUUAAACGCAUCGAGGCCGAGCAUCAGUGGCGGCUUCGAGACAUGCAGGCAUUUGCCUCCACGCUCUCGGAUCCGAUCGAGGCAAAAUUGAAUGAAGCGAGAGUACACCAAUGGAGCUAUACCCUGAUAAUCCAAUGGUGCCAGGUGAUGAAGGCAUACCGCGAGGAUCCACAGGAUCCUAGCUUCAUGCUUACCUUCCUGCGGCAGCUUGAUCAGAGCUUUGCACAAGUAGUGACGAAUCAAGCCAUGGAAGGAUGUGCCUCCACCGGCGGCUCAACUACCGAUACUGAAACUCGACCACAAGUUCCAAAAAGCAGUGGAACCCAGAUCCCAUCAAAAAAAGGUUUCGCUGGACAGCAGACUCCGAAAGAAGGGUAUAGCCCACAAGCUCUACAAGCACUUGCCCCUCGCAAUGCUAUGGAGGGGUUUGAGAUGCAUGCCGCAGUCAAUGUAUUCGGAGAUAAAGCUACGAUAAUCAAUAUUAAUUCCCGCGGCCAGGCUACCAACGCUGCGCCAGUUCCAGACUGGCCACUUCCAGGCUCUUCCAACUCCGGGGGCUCUGGGUCUCAAGCCGACCCAGUUCCAGCAGGCCCUUCUCACUCUGGUGGGGGCUUUGGGGCACUGGCACCAACUCAAGUAGGCGCUCCUCACGCUGGUGAGUUCUUUGCGAGCUCUGAUAGUGAGCCUCUAAAGAAGCCCCAGAGUUCUUUCUUGAAAAGGCUAGUCAGACAACUUAUAUGGCAGUGA